AUGGUCCGGAUCGGUCAAAGAGAAUUGCAAGCUCUAAACACUGACACCAACAUCACUCAACUGCCCGCCACAAGUACUACUCAACCAUCAGGCACACGAGUGACAAUGUCCACUGCUGCUGGCAACUCAACAACAAACCGCAACCCGUCUCGAGUCCUACAACCUGGACAUCUUGAAACUAGUCUUGUGUACAUCCUGGAAACUGUCUUUGGCUACAGUGCUGGCAGUAUUCUUCAUCUCGCACUUGACUUAUAUGGUUGCAAAUGUUACCUCGACCUUGUUGGCAUGGAUGAUGCUGAUAUUGACGGACUACAGUAUCCUGUCAGUCAGCCACAAGAUGCUAACGGUGACCCACAACCUGAUGUACUUUGGGAUGUGCCAAAACCUCUUAAGGCAUAUCUCCAUGGGAUCCGUGGCUAUGUCUACCACCGAGAAACUGUGCUCAAGGAUCCAGUCACCCUGACUAACUGUAUCCUCAUUGACCCUGAUGAUUUUGAUACAUACAGGGCCUCCAGCGCAUUCAUCAUAUUCCGCAGCUGCACCAUCCCACAGCCUCUUGUCUCCAAGCUAUCCAGACGAUCACCAGCUGAGGAAUUUGAUCUGGGCAUCAAACUAGAUGCCAACCUCUAUCCAACUUUGUCUAAUGAUAAGCAAUGGGAUACCAACACCAAAUUGCAAUGGUUGACCAUUGCUCAACUCACUACAGACCAAUGGCCCGGUAGUCAUAUGUCCUUCAUUCUUCAUUGGCUUGAUACGCUCCGCCAGUACCACGAGGUAGCAAAACACCCAACCCCCAAGGAGCAACUCAUUAUCAUGUUGUCCAAUGCUGUCAGACUUGUGCCAUACCUUCGCAAUGUGUUGGACACCAGCAAACAAUUGGCCUUGCAGAACAACAACAGACCACUUACUUUUGAUGAGUAUGCGUCACUCCUUGAGGCAGCAGCCCAAAACCAUGAUGAGGUCACCAAAGGAUCCAAGCCCAAGGCCGAUCCUAGGAAGGCAUAUGCUACUGAUGUUGUCACCACUGGUGAUCUUGAACCAGAUCUUGGCCCUCCCAUGUUUGAAUUCAACAUUGACAUGGACCUUGGCGUCUACUAUGCUUACUGCACGUCUUUGUCAUCUGCUUGCAAGACCUUUCUACCAAACAAACUGUGGCAACAGUUAGAUGAUCAAGGUCGACGUGCCUGGCAUCAACUUCCUGAAGCUGCUAACGCUGUCAUACUUGGUGGUUCCAACAAACCUUUGCCGGCACCACCAUCCCCACCGCCUCCCCACCGUUCUGUCAACUUGCAUUAUAUGUUGGCCGCUGAUUUCCUUUCUCCGUUUCAGCAUUUGAGCAUGGGGGGUGAUGUAGGUACUCUGACUUCUGAAAUGAAUGAAGAGCCCACACAUGACAAACUUUUAGCUCAUGUCACCAAGCAAUCUUCCCUACAACCGGGGGAGCUACAACGUGUCAUGUCAGACAACACUCGCAAGGAUGUAGCUCUAUUUGAUCGAGGUGCAAAUGGUGGAAUCGCAGGUGAUGAUGUCCGCUUCAUUGUCAAAACCAACCGUUCUGUUGACGUGCAAGGCAUUGACAAUCAUAAAGUGACCAAUGUUACAAUUGCUACUUGUGCCGGCCUCACUAUGAAUCAGCACGGUCCUGUUAUUGUAAUCAUGAACCAGUCUGCUCACAUUGGAAAGGGACUUGAGAAGGAAAAUUUCCAGUACCCACGUCUUGUUGAGCCCUUUGUUACUGAUCUUGCAUCAGUCGACCUUGAGCCUGAUCCUAUUGUUGACCCAGAGACCAAAACCCAACAUGGUACCCUUGACGACAAUCAUGUCCAGUAUCCUUGUCUUGUUGAGCCGGUUGCUACUGAUCUUGCAUCAGGUGACCUUGAGCCCAAUCCUCUUGCCUACCUAGCUUGUCUGGCAUCUCUGGCAACACUUCCUUGCAAGACAUCUCUUUGCACUGCAAAGUUAGAAGCUGCUGGUUCCAACAAUCAGCCUCCUGCACAACCACCUCCAUCCCCCCAACAUUCUGUCAACUUACAUGAAAUGUCGACUACUACCGAUUUUCUCUCACAGUUCCAGCACUUGAGUAUGGGGAGGAGUGAAGAUGCAGAUACUCUGACUUCUGCAACAAGUGAAGAGAUCAAAUCAGACAAGUUGGCUCUGGUCCCAGCAACCAAGUAUCGCAAAGCUACUCAAGAAGUGAAGAAUCACAAGAUAGCCAAAGAUGGAGUUGAUGUUGAUGAAUGGGCCAAGUCUGUACCGGACAAUGGGUCUGCAGGUGAACAAAGUCCAUUUUAUAGAGUGGACAUACUGGAUGAUGGGUCUACAGGUGAACGAAGUCCAUUUGAUAGAGUGGACAUCCUUACUAACAGUAACACAACAGUCACUACUCUGAAGGAUUCUCCUGCCUUCAAUGAUGCUAUUGGUUUCAUUGAAACUCAUCACUGUGUCAUGGCAACAAAUGGUCUGUACAAACUACAUCCUGGACAAGCUUCUGAUCUUGAUUGGUUGGAAUGUAACAUGGCUGGUCUAUUUGAUUUAGACCCUGCCCAUGUGCCACAUUUUAGACCACCAGAUUUUGAAGCUUACAAGUCAGGCAGGCAACCAUUUGUUCUGUUUGUUCCUGAAACGCCUAUCAACUUUGUCAUUGAGUCUACUCCAAAGCGAGACAAACUCAUAGACUUAACUUGCAAGUUGUCAUCCUUUGAACCUCAAUGCAGCCCACCAGAUGAAGGUCAUGUUCAAGGUGAUAAGAUUGUUGAGCUCAACUACAGGGACAUUCAGCCUGCAUAUAUUGAACUAUGCCUGAACAUUGACAAAGGUGAAUAUGCAUGUGUCAUGGCUUACCAAAACAUCCACAAGUGGUCACAAAUUGACAAGGACAGCCCCAUUGUUUGGAAGCUCAAGCGAGUUGUAUGCCACCAUCACUACAUUCAACUUAAACACCCUUCUUACCUGGGUCUGACCGACAGUAUGGCCAUUGGAUGGAAACAUGGGGAGAAUACCCCAAAACCACUGAGCAUCACUGGAGCCGAUAAUUCAGUGACCUACACUAUGCAUCCUAGAAAUCACAACCUGUUGGAAAGUCAAGGUUGUACACUUCUUUGUCAAGGACAAGAAGAAACUUCUUUGUCCUUCCAAUCAAGUCAAGCUGAGAUUGCUACACACUACUUCACCAAAGUGUAUGUACUACUACAAGAUCCAGAAAGACCACAAUGGUGUCCUUCAACUUGA